AUGCUCGCCGCAAAACUGCUUAAAUACUUUGAAGCAUUAAAGUCCAACUUACAAAAACGAAAUUCACGUAAAAAUGUUGAUCAAUCAGAGCCGAACACUGGGAUGCCUACGAAUAGAAAUAGGCAGGAUAGAUUGGAACAGAGCCUGGGCUUGAUACCACUACCUAACACAUUUUUGGAACCUACUCCAGACUUGGACAGAUACGGAGGUAUUAAGUUAGGAUGGGUGCAAGGUGUACUCAUACCAUGCCUACUGAACAUCUGGGGCGUGAUGUUAUUCCUGCGGAUUGCAUGGAUCGUGGCACAGGCAGGCAUUGGCUUCACUCUUGUAAUCAUUUUUAUCUCAGGGGUAGUAUGCGUUAUUACUACACUGUCACUCAGCGCUAUUUGUACUAAUGGGCAACUAAAAGGAGGAGGGAUAUAUUUUCUCGUAUCAAGAUCAUUAGGAGCAGAACUGGGUGCAUCAGUGGGUUUAAUAUUCGCAUUUGCCAACUCUGUCGCGGCCAGUAUGAACACCAUUGGUUUCUGCGAAUCUUUUAAUGAUUUGCUAAAGUCUCACGGUGUUAAAAUAAUUGACAAUGCGGAGAAUGACACUCGAAUUAUAGGUUCCAUAGCUCUUUUGGUGAUGUGUAUCAUUUGUGCUAUUGGUAUGGAUUGGGAAACUAAAGCACAGAAUUUUCUUAUUGUUACCAUAGUUGCUGCUAUUUUCAAUUACAUCAUUGGUGCUUUAAUGGGGCCAGCAACUGUUCAUGAAAAAGUGCAGGGCUUUGUGGGUAUAAGCAAGGAAACAGCGAAACAAAACUGGGGUCCAGAUUUCCGGACUAGUGAAGGUGAAGAUCACCACUUCAUCACCAUUUUCGCGAUAUACUUUCCAUCAAUGACUGGUGUGCAAUCUGGUGCUAACAUUUGUGGUGAUCUCAGGGAUCCUGCUGCCGCAAUUCCUAAGGGGACCUUGUUUGCCCUUGCUAUAUCCAUUACCAGCUAUCUGAUAAUGGCAGUCCUGUCAGGAACGGGCGCUCUUCGUGAUGCUUCUGGCGAGAUAGCACACGUUGGGAACAGUACGCUCUUAGCCAGUUGCAAGCCCAGCUGCAAGUACGGACUACAUAACAACUAUGAAAUAAUGCAACUGAUGGCGUUAUGGGGUCCACUUAUCUACGCAGGCUGUUGGGCGGCGACAUUGUCAACGGCUUUGACGAAUCUCCUAUCAGUCCCAAGGCUAGUACAGGCACUGGGCACGGACCGCAUCUACCCUGGGCUCAUCUUCUUCUCCAAACAGUACGGCAGACACGGCGAAGCUUACCGAGGAUAUGUUCUUGUGUUCAUAAUCUCGCUUCUCUUCUUGCUUAUUGCGGAUCUAAAUACAAUAGCUCCACUGAUUACAAACUUCUACCUUGCGUCGUAUGCACUCAUUAACUUUUGCACAUUUCAUGCGGCUUUCGUCAAACCGAUUAACUGGCGGCCUGGCUUUCGUUACUAUAAUUUAUGGUUAUCCUUUGCGGGUUUCGUCAUGUGUGUUAUAAUAAUGAUGAUAAUCAGCUGGCUGAUGGCACUUGUGACCACAUUUAUCUUCUUGACUCUUUAUUUAAUAGUGUUAUACAGGCAUCCAGAAACGGACUGGGCAGGCAGCACUGAUGCUCAGAAUUAUCAAGUGACCGUAACAAAAAUAUUAGAAAUGUCUAAGCGCAGGGCAAAUACCAAGUCCUUUAACCCACAGCUUCUAAUAUUAACCGGGCCCCCUCACGAAAGGGAAUGGUUACUUGACAUGGGCAAGAUUAUCACUGCAGUAGGAUCGUUUUGUAUAAUGGCUGAAAUUCAACAGGAAAAGGUCAAUGCUGCCGAUCGAAAUGCAAAAAUAAAUUUUGGCCAGGAAUGGAUGCAGCUGCGUGAUGCGAGAGGGUUUUACGUCUUUUUGGAUGGCUAUAGUUUAGAAGAGGGACUCCGAACCCUUAUCCUGUGCUCAGGCCUUGGCAGUCUCGCUCCAAAUAUUUUUCUCAUAGGUUUUAUGUAUAGAUGGCGCGUCUGUCCACACGCAAUGUUGACAACUUAUUAUCGCUGUAUUAGCCUGGCAUUUGAGCUCGGUUUGGCAGUUACAGUCCUAAGGGUAUCAGAUGGUCAGGAAAGUGACAAGGAAACGUUACAAUUAGCCCCAGACUCGUUCGUUCAAGCUACAGUUUCUGAACAAAUUUCCGGAGCUUACAAUGUAUAUGGCGCCUAUAGACCAUUAGUUUUUCAGCAGGGAAGCACUUUGGAUGUGUGGUGGUUAUACAAUGAUGGAGGCAUAAAUGUUUUACUGCCUUAUAUUAUUGCGAACCGCGGCUGUAAACAUAAAAUGAUGCUCCGAAUAUUUGUACUACCCUAUCCUGGCGUGAAAACUAUUGACUCAUAUAAUAGCGUUAAGAACCUUUUCCAAAAGUUUCGUAUAGAGUAUUCGCACUUGACUGUUAUAGAAGAUAUUCAUGUACCGCCACAGACAUUGACUUGGGAUAUGUUUAAUUCCCUAAUAGAAAAUCACAAGAGUGAAAAGGUCGAUGGUGUGCAAGAUCCCAUCCUCAUAUCAGGUGAUGUGUUAAAUAAACUAUUAAGGAAAACUACUAAACAUCUACGAAUAAGAGAAUUGGUACUACAGCAUUCGUUUGCAGCAGAUCUCAUCGUUAUGACUUUGCCAUAUCCGAGACAGGAUACAGUGCCUGCGGCUUUGUACUUGGCGUGGUUAGACAUAAUUAGCCAUGACCUGCCACCAACGCUGUUUGUUCGUGGGAGUCCUCAAACCACAGUACUCCACGCCUAG